AGAAAAUUCCGAGGGCGCGGCCGAGAUUUCUCCUCCUUCCUCUCUCUCUCUCUCUCUCUCUCUCUAUCUGUCCCUGUGUGUUGUCGUCUCCUUCUCCAUCGCAUCCUCCUACUCCAUCCACACAACGCCAUCGCCAGAGACCCCACUUCUCCCUCCCUCUCCCUCCGCCAAUUUCGCUGCACCACACAACCCCAUCGCCGCCAGCCGGAACCCCAUCGCCGGAAUUCUCGUCGCCGCCGCCGCCGCCUCGGGCGGGUCCCAGGUCCCGCACCCCCUGGCCGAGUGCGCCGAUCUCCGGCCCGCCGCCGCUUCGCCGCGUCGUCGCCGGUUCCGAUCCGAGUGGCCGGAGCUCGCCGGACGUUUCUUCCGUCGGGACUCGGGACCGAACUCUGCCCGCUCUCGCGGAGUCGCUGCUGCCCGUCCUCGCGCAAUCUGCUCUGACUCGGUGUCGCGAGGAGUUGUUGCGCCGAAUUGCCGAGAGUUUGCCGAACUUUAGCUGAGUAACCGUUGCUCUUCCGGCCCCAUCGCCUGAGACCACAGCUGUUAAGCCUUUUUUUGGUCACGAUCAGACAUUGGGCUUGGGAACUUACUUGUAUCAUCCUUGAUGACUUCCUCUGUGCAUGACAUUUCAGAAAAUGGGGAAGCUGAUGAACAGCAAAAACAUUCAGAACAGCAUGAGUCCUCCCCUGCAACUGGAGUGCCUCAUCCUGGUGUCUCUUUGCCCAAUGUCCAAUAUGCAACGCCUCCACAACUUGGAGCGGGACAUGCCAUGACACCACCUGCUUACCCCUAUCCAGACCCUUAUUAUCGAAGCAUCUUUGCUCCCUAUGAUGCGCAGUCGUACCCGCAGCAGCCCUAUGGUGCACAGCCUAUGGUCCAUCUGCAAUUAAUGGGAAUUCAACAAGCUGGAGUGCCUUUGCCAUCAGAUGCAGUUGAGGAACCUGUAUUUGUCAAUGCAAAACAAUAUCAUGGCAUCUUGCGGCGUCGACAGUCUCGUGCAAAAGCUGAGUUAGAGAACAAAGCUCUUAAAUCUCGCAAGCCUUACUUGCAUGAAUCUCGACAUUUGCAUGCAUUGAGAAGAGCUAGAGGAUGUGGGGGGCGGUUCCUGAAUGCAAAGAAGGAUGAAAAUCAGCAGAGCGAGGUUUCUUCAGCAGACAAAUCACAGGGAAAUAUCAAUCUCAACUCUGAUAAAAGCGAUCGCUCCUCCUGAGGUGCAACUUCCUGAUCAAUGCAAAGUAAUCUCUUUCGUGCAUGAAUCAUGCCUGUUCAUCAAUAGAUUUCCCCUACCUAGCCUAGCCUCACCAAUUGCCCUGCUCUUCUGCUUGUAGGUCAGUCUCUUUAGUUGGUAGUGUGAAUCUGUUUGUAGUUCUGAGGGAAACCUGCUGCAUAGAUGGUAGUUUCGAGUAGGUCUUGAAGAUGUUAUUGCUCGUACCUCUUCUGGCAUUAAGAACUAGAUGUUCUAUUCGGCCAUUGUGAUCGAGUAUGUCGCUAGUUUGAGUUCGUAGAAAGAGAGUCGUCUUGUUCUUGUUCUUGUUACAUUAUGAUGCUCCGGUGGUGUAUCCUAGGAUGUAUUGGUGGUGGUAAUGUAUCAUUAGUCCCUGUACAAAUUUAUUGUCAAAGAGAACGGGACAAUAAGCUAAUAUGGUACCGAGCAGUGCUCAUG